AUGCGGGAGGUGGUGUUCGGAUUCGGACCUCAUCAGAACUAUAGCGCUGGCACCAGCGGGCGCAAGAAGAGACGAGCAGUGGCAGCCGGCGCUGGCGCUGCUCAGCGAGAUAUGGGAGGCGGCUCUGGAGCCCACCCAAUGCCAUCAUCAGUGGCAGCGGUGGGAUCAGCCCGGCGAGAAGGGCAGUCCAUGGCAACAGGCUCUGUUGAUGCUCAACGAGACGCGAGAGGUGAAGUCGGAGCCCGACCUCAUCACUACAGCGCUGGGACCAGCGCGUGCGCGAAGGGCGAGCAGUGGCAGUGGGCCCUGGCGCUGCCGAGCAAGAUGUGGGAGGCGAAGCUGAGGCCCAACGCCAUCGGCUACAGCACUGGGAUCAGCGCGCGCGAGAAGGGCGAGCAGUGGCAGCGGGCCCUGGCUCUGCUAAGCUAG